UUCAUGUGAUAGACUAUGUCAACAAACGAACAGAAGAAACUCGGAGACCAGCAGAGCAGUCAACUCUUACCAGAGGAGAGCGACACUGCAAGUACAAGCCAAGCACAUCAACACAUGGAGGACAAAGACAAUGAAAGUCAAGUCUCUGCAAUGGAAAAGAAGGAGUUUAUAAAUGUAUGGGUACGAGAUCCUCAGGUACACAAGGAGGAUUUCUGGCAUGCAUACAUAACCUAUGAGAUCUGUCUUCAUACAAAUAGUAUGUGUUUCCAGAAGAAGACCUCUUGUGUGAGGAGGAGGUAUAGUGAGUUUGUUUGGCUGCGUCAAAAACUACAGAACAAUGCUGUCCUUAUAAAGUUACCUAAACUCCCUCCCGGGAAUCCUUUCUUCCAACUCAAUAGUGAUUUCCAGAUCACUCAGCGGAUGCAGGGGCUGCAACAGUUUCUUGAGGCAGUUCUACAGACACCAUUACUGCUGUCAGACAGUCUGCUGCACCUGUUCUUGCAGUCCUCUCUGAGCAUUGCAAAAAUGGACGCGUGUGCACAGGGACAGACGCAUUAUACGGUUGCACAGGCAAUACAGCGGUGUGUCGGGUAUACCCGUUUCCCUGUAGAGGAACAGCAUCAAGAAGAAGACAGCAAAACAUGCUGUGACUCCGACUGUGAAAGUACAACAUCCUCUGGCUUGGGAAAUAGUAUAGGAUGUGCCACAUCUGUGGAAGAAGACUCUUCCUAUAAUGAAAGUUUUUCCCAUGAAUUUCAAGCCACAACCCCUGAGGGAGAACUCUGUAGCAGCCUGUCUUCAUCUCCUAGCAACCAGUAACCCUUGAUGUGCACUCUGUUAUGUGAACUCUAGAGAUGUAUACACACACACACACACACACACACACACACACACACACAUACUCCGUCAAAGAGAUUUGCUGCCCAGUUUGCUGCUUAGAGCCUCCAGAGUUAUAUUUGGAUGGAUAUUUAGAAAAAAAGGUCUUGAUUAUUGUUUUAUUACAUGUCAUGUUUGUCCAUAAUGUUUCUUUUUUUUUUUUUUAAAUAUGGAGAUUUUUAUUUAAAUUUUUUUGUGGUUAUCAUAUUAAAUAAUUCUCCUAUACUAAAGGGCUGACUUGGAAAGAAAAAAAAAAAGCUAUUAGAAAAUGUGAAUUACAAGUUUUUCUUGACACUCCGGUACACACUGUUUAAUGUGUGCCUGACAAAGAAGCUUCUUAAAACGCUUCAGCAUUUUCAUCUGUACAGAUGUGCUUUUGUUUAACAGAUUUUUUAAAAAUGUAAGGUGGCAGUUUAUUACUUUAAAUGUUUCUUAAAAAUUCUUAUUAACAUUGCUAAAAAUGAGUGGGGAGGACUAAAUGUGAGGAUUUUUUUUAUUAAGUACGUUUUUAUUGUGAUUUAUUGGUAAAUGAAUAAAUGUUUUUUGGUCAUAGCUGUGAAUAGAAUUUGUUGAAAUGUAAUGAUGUAGAUAGUGCUGGUUCAGAUGAUAAUUAUCUAAAUAAAAUCCUAAAUGCUAAAUAAAUUUGCAAAUAGAGAAAGAGAA